AUGACUAAUACCUGGCCACCACCUGUCGAAAUUUUGGCGGUGUACUACUCGCCUGACGAAGCCCUCAUCCCGAACACUCUGUCUGCUAUCAUGAAUACAGCCACGGAAGAUGAGGACGUAAGAAUGGCUCUCCAGUGUAUGAGUCUUGUCCAGACUCCGAGAGCGGGUCCUGACGACAUGCACGUCGACUCGGACAGCGUUCAAAUGCUGCACGAUCUACUCGACCUCUCCGAUGAAUCGUUGCCGCAACGAUUUCAUACUUCGCGGGACUCGUAUAAUGUCCUCUACUUGCACAAGCUGAAGUCCGACGGCAGCAAAGUGGUGUGUAAGAUCGCGACAGACUGUGACGGAGAGAAGUUGUUGCGACAUGAGGCUGGAUUUUACGAGGACAAAGUUCUCGCCCCGUUUCGUGGCAAGGAGAUCCCCAACUACUUCGGAUUCUUUGAAGGAGAGUGGGGUGCCGGCGGCAAGAUAACAUGUCUGGUGCUGGAGCACUGCGGGGUUGCGUUGUCGAGCGAGCUGCAUAAGCAGACACUAUCAUUCAGGAAGGCAACCGUUAGGGCCGUUGAGAAGUUGCACAAGAACGCCGGCGUGUCGAGAGGAAGUGAAUACGAGCACGAGAAUGUCAUACGCAGGCCGAAUGGACAGCCUUGCCUUGUGGACUUCGCACAUGCACGUCGAGGGCACAAAUGUUCAACCGAGCCAAUUGACUGUGACUACGUGCAGGCAGCUCCGUACGAAAGCUGUCAAGAGCUGGAAGAGGUCGCCGAGGAUGCAUGGGCAUGGGUAUUUCAUAAGGUCUCCGUACCAGCUCUUGGGAUUUCGAUGAAGUAUGACAAGGAUAGGACGGCGGAGCAAUAUUGGUCCCAACAUAAACGACCUGUGUUACACCGGAAGGUACCCGACGAGGAGGGCGUGGCACAGAUAGAGAAGGCCCUCAAGGAGUGGGAAGAGGAUCUCAAAUGCAGGUUAGAUCAUCUGGCUGAACUGCGCGAUGAGUAGGGCAGUUUAGCCUGAGGUCACGUCGCAUGCUGUGUAUAGACACUAAAGCUGUAAAGGGCGAAUCAAACAAAUACGGGCU